AGCUAGAAGCCGAGUAUUAAGGUUGUAUCCUUUAAACGGAGACAAACACAUGAAGUUCAAUUCAUACAUGCAUAGAAUACAGUUUACCUCCGUCUUUCUCCAUUUUUACCUUUUUUGCCAUCAUCAGUAAAGCAACCUACACCAACAAAGAAACUUUCUGCUUAUAUUAUCGCCAUUGGCUUGAUUUGUUGAAGAUUGGAUUGCUCACUUUCUAGGAAAGAUGUUCCGCAACGAGAUGAAGCAAACAUACCUUUCAGGCAAUGCAGAUGAAGAAGGACCGAGGAUGAACGGCAAUGCACAUCAUGAUUACGAGAUGGGAAACGGUACGGAUUCAUUCAACUUGCAAAAGAAUAAUAGAUCUAUCACACGCCUCACUUCGAGAUUAUCGCCACGCAUUCGAGUCUUGCUUGGAUUAAUAGGAGUGUUUACUCUGAUCACUUUUCUGCGAGGUAGUGGUAACGGUAAUCAUGAACAAGAGAUGUUUGAUUCAGAUGCACCCGCUUGGGAUCCCGCUCUACCGGAAUCGGCAAGAUGGUCACUAACCAAUACACCUUCUUAUUCGCCCAAGAAGGAUAUACCCAAUAUUGCCCAUUUCGUUCGACAGAUUAAUCGUGAUAAGGAUUACACGCCAAAAGCGCCAUUCAAAGUGGAAUUCAGACAUCUUCUCAGCUACUACUCUUGUCACCACUAUCUAAAUCCGGAUCGAAUCUACUUCUGGACAGAUACGCCUCGAGAAAUGCUUGAAGAUGCACGUGUAAACGGUGAUAUCUAUACUCGAGCUUUGUUCCGAAUUCCCAAUCUUGAAUUUAGGCCUGCAAUCUUCCCCAACGUAACAGCAAAAGGUGUCAAGAUCGAUCAAUAUGCUCAUAGAAGUGAUUUCGUUCGUACACGUGUGAUGGCAAAGAUGGGUGGACAAUACCUAGACGAUGACGCAUGGGUUUUACGCGAUUUGAAACCUUUACGUCAAUCCGGAUUUGAUAACAUCUUUAGUCUUGAUGAAGGAGCAAGGAUCGCACAAGCUGCUUGGUUGAGUAAGCCAAUGAAUCCUCUCAUGCUCGCUUUUGCACGUUUACAAGAAGUUGUCUUUAACGGUGAAUGGUUAAGGGCAAGCAACGAUUUAGUGACUGCUUUGAUGGUUCACUUUUCACGUUUGCCAGGCGAUCGCUCUUCGUUGGUUUUGGAAAAAGAUGCUUUCUUCCCGGGUUAUUGGAUCGGUGAUGAAUUGAACAUGUAUUACGAAGUACACGAUCAUGAUCCAAAUUUCCAAGAGCCAGUAGAAGUUCGAACCGAUCAAAACGUGCUGGAAACCUUUCAAUACGAUUUCAACUGGGGAUGGAGAAGGGAUUGGAGGCGAACAUGGAUCAUUCAUGGAUUUUCCAAUGAAUUGAGAGCAAGGAAUGCAUUUUGGAUGUUUAAAGAAUUCAAAGGAUUCACACCCGCAUACAUUCUCUCAAGAAGAAGCAAUAUUGGAAGAGCGCUUUAUCCUGCCCUUAGACAUAUGCUCGAUACCGGUUUCUUGGAAUUGGAAGCCAAAGAUUUGGUCGCUCCUCCCUCUUCUUUGGAUCAUUGAUCGAUUUCACUCCUCUUUUUUCCCUUCACAUGUAUAAUGGUCAAACGCUCUCAAGAAUAAUUAUUUGCACGCCUCUCAAUCCUUUUUUGCAGGAUUCAUACCCUUUUUAACCUUUUUUUUUUCUCUCUCUCUCCUCUUAUCGUCAUCAUUGAAUAGAUCACUAGUCUAUCUCCCCUUGCAACAUGUGUAAACAGUAUUUUGGUCAAUUGUAUGCUUCUUUUUUG